AUGCGCUCUUACGCCGGGCAGCCGAGACCGAGGCCAUUGCCUGCCAGGUACAGCAGGCAGGAACUACCCAAGGACCACCUGGUGGAGGCAGUGCUGGUGACCAUCUUCUGCUGCAUGCUGACCGGGGCCAUGGCCCUCAUCUACUCCCAUGAGACCCGGGCUGCGAUCAGGCGUGGGGACAUAGACCGGGCGUUCUCAGCAUCCAGAAAGGCUUAUUUCCUCAUCCUCUUCAGCCUCCUCUUCGGGAUGUUCGUCUCUAUCACUUGGGUCAUCUGUGUCCUGGCAACCCUGUAUGCCCAACGGGGACCCUGAGCCCCAGGGUGUGUGUGCCAAGGGUUCCUUGCAGCUCACCAUGGCCCUGGGUGGGCAUGGACAGGUGAAGUGGCCACAGCCACAUUCCCAGCUGUCCUGGGAAACGGGUGACCACAAAGCGUCAUCUGGGCAGACGGGCAGCUCUGUCCUUCCUGGUGGGGUGAGGAGUUGCUCCAGAGCCACGUGUGCCUUCACCCACCCCCUCAGCCCUGCUGAGGAACCAGACUGAAGCAAUGCCAGAGCCAGCUCUGGGCAAGGACUCAUGUUGGAGCAGUGGCACCAUGUAUGGGAUCAGGCUCUGCUGUGGGAUUCUGAAUCCCAUUACCAUGGAGGUGCCAAAUGUGACUCUGGAGCAGAGGGAGCAUCUGUAGAACUGGGACUAGAGAGAGAGCUAAUGGCUGAGGUGUAACAGAGAGCCCAGGUGUAUGGGAAGCCCUCACCAGCCAUUAAUAAUGUGGGAAGAUACAAAACUCACAUAUGCAACUUCUCCAGUAAUUUUGCACACACAGACACAGACACUGUACCGCCACCUCCUUGCUGCUUCCAGGCUGAAAUAAAAUAUAG